AUGACCAUUUCCAACAGGACAGUCUUCAUGCCUCCUGUGCUCACCCUGAUUGGGAUCCCCGGCCUAGAGUCUGUGCAGGGCUGGAUUGGCAUCCCAUUCUGUGCCAUGUAUCUCAUUGCCAUGAUCGGAAAUUCCUUGCUUCUCAUCAUCAUCAAAACAGAGCGCAGCCUCCACGAGCCCAUGUACAUUUUCCUCGGCAUGCUGGGAGUCACAGACAUUGCAAUUGCUACCAGCAUUGUGCCCAAGAUGCUUGGAAUCUUCUGGUUUCAUGAGCUAGAGAUUUAUUUUGAUUCCUGCUUGCUUCAAAUGUGGCUCAUCCACACAUUUCAGUGCAUAGAGUCAGGCAUCCUGCUGGCCAUGGCCCUGGACCGUUAUGUGGCCAUCUGUUAUCCACUAAGGCAUGCAGCCAUCUUCACCCACCAGCUUGUCACCCAAAUAGGGGCUGUGGUAACACUCAGGGCAGCCAUUCUUGCAGCCCCUUCCAUAGCACUGAUAAAGUGCCGGUUACAAUUUUAUCUUACAACAAUCAUCUCUCACUCCUACUGUGAGCAUAUGGCCAUUGUGAAACUGGCUGCAGAAAACGUCCAGAUCAACAAAAUCUAUGGUUUGUUUGUGGCCUUCACUGUAGCAGGCUUUGACCUCAUAUUCAUCACAUUGUCCUAUACACAUAUAUUUAUCACUGUUUUUCAUUUGCCCCAGAAGGAGGCUCGGUUGAAAGCAUUCAGUACUUGCAUCCCUCACAUCUGUGUCUUCUUCCAGUUCUACCUCCUUGGCUUCUUCUCCUUCUUUACACACAGGUUUGGUACUUAUGUUCCCCCAUAUAUCCAUAUCCUGUUUUCUAGCUUCUACUUGCUGGUCCCACCAUUCCUCAAUCCACUUGUCUAUGGUGCAAAGACCAAGCAGAUACGCAUUCUUUUGGUGAAAAUCAUGUGUCAAAAAAUCUAG